AUGAGCCUCCAGGCCCCACCCAGACUCCUGGAACUGGCGGAGCAGAGCCUGCUCAGGGACGAGGCCGUGGCCAUCCCUGCUGUGGAGGAGCUGCCAGCGGAGCUCUUCCCACCACUAUUCAAGACAGCCUUCACCAAGAGACGCAGCAAAACUCUGACGGCCCUGGUACAGGCCUGGCCCUUCCCCCACCUGCCUCUGGGGUCCCUGAUGCUGGCCCCUGACCUGGAGAUCUUAAGAGCUGUGCUGGAGGGGCUCGAUGUGCUGCUUGCCCAGAAGGUUCGCCCCAGUGGGUGGAAGCUGCAAGUGCUAGAUUUACGGCAAGUUGAUGAGAACUUCUGGAGCGUGUGGUCUGGAGCCCCUGUGAGGUCCCCACAGGCCAUGAGUCGGAGGCAAACAGGGGAGGACUGUCCAGGGAUGAGAAGGCAGCAGCCACUGAAGGUGGUCCUAGACUUCAUUUGCAUCCAUGAUAGUAACCAACAUGAGUUUCUCACGUAUGUCUUUGAAUGGGCCCAGCAGAGGGAGGAUUUGGUACACCUGUGCUGUAAGCAGGUGGUGAUCUGUGGAAUGCAAACCCACAGUGUCAAAAAGUUUUUAGAUAUGGUGGAGCUGGAAUGUGUCCAGGACGUGAAAAUGCGUAACUUCUCGGAACUGUACCAACUAGGACGGUUUGUCCCUUACCUGGCCCUGAUGAAGAGUCUUUGUAAACUCCACGUCACCUACAUUUUCGAGGGUAACUACACUUGGACAGAGAAGGUGGGACAGGUGGUCGCCAGAUUUGCCUCUACGUUCCUCAAGCUGGACAAGCUCCAGAAGCUUUCUCUGCACGGGGUCUGCUUCCUCCAGGACCAUCUGGACCAGUUAGUCAGGUGCCUCAAGACCCCCUUGGAGUCCUUUGCAAUGACUGAGUGCUGGUUUUCAGAAUCAGAAAUGAAGCAUCUGUUCCUGUGCCCAAGCAUGCAUCAGCUAAAGGAGCUGGACCUAAGUGGCAUCAUACUGAGUGAUGUCAAUAUUGAGCCCUUCCAUACUCUACUAGAGAACGCUGCAGCCACCCUGCAGGUCCUGAUCUUAGAGGACUGUCGCAUCACUGACUCCCAGCUCAGCGUCAUCCUCCCUGCCUUGAGGUGCUGCCAGCAGCUCACAGCCUUAAACUUAAGUGGGAACCAAAUCUCCAAGGCCAUCCUAGAGAACCUGUUGCACCACACCAUCGAGCUGAGCAGUUUAAGCCUAGUGAUAUAUCCUGUCCCUCAGGAGUAUUAUGAUGAUUUUAGACGUAACAACCAGGAGAUAUUUCUCCAGCUUCAGGCCAGGGUGAUGGAGAUACUGAGAGACUUCAGGCAGCCCAAGAGGAUCGAGUUCCGUACCCUGCCCUGCCCUCGUUGUUCUAAUAGGUCAUCCCAUUGGGUGAGUACCCACAAGAUGCAUGUCCAGGUUCUGCAACAGUCUCUCUGGGACUGCUGGCUAUUGGCUGUGCCAGGAAAGGGCUUCGCUAAAGAAGGCGCGGCCCCUGCCCUGGAAGGGGACAUCCACGCCCUGUAUUGCCAGGAGCCUCAGGGCCCCGCCAGCCCAUGCCUGCCUGCCCCGCAGCCCCCACUGUGGGAUUCCGAAAAGGAUGCGGAUUUGGUCACGACCCAGGCGGCGGAAGAACACGGCCGGACCCUCUGGGGCUCACCACAGGGACUGCUGGGGGUCCGGCAGCCCGUGGCCGGCGGCGGCGGCGGCCGGAGCACGCGGAGCAGCAGGGAUGCCCCGGGCACGCGGAGCGAAGGGGGCGGGAGCCAGAGCCAGGCUGGGAACCUGCGGGUGUCACCGAGGGAGUCCCCGGGGAGGCCGCCCGGGCCGGCGCUGCCAAGUGACUAA